UACUUUUGCAGCACAUGCCAGGUCUCCUGGCUUUUGAUGCUGCUAAGAUCAUCAUCUAUUUACGAUGGCUGAGAAUUGUAAAAUUGUGGUCGUAGGCGCCGGUAUACUUGGUCUCACGGCUGCAUUGACACUCCAAGAACAUAUCAAGCAGCCAGUCUUGAUCAUCGCCUCGGAAUUCCCCGGUGAUGAGUCGAUCAACUAUGCUUCGCCCUGGGCCGGAGCACACUACCGACCCAUUCCAGCCCUGACGCCAGCCGAUGUUCGUGCUCAGAAACUCAUGACGGUGACAAACGCUGUGCUCCGCACCCAAGCUUCGACGCACCCAGAAGCCGGAAUCAGGUUCAUGGAAGGGCGCGAAUACUUCGAGGAUCCUCCCGGGAGCUACGUAGGUCUACAGGGAGGCUACGGCGACACGGAUGGAUUCCGAGUCCUCCACAAGUCGGAACUACCUAGUGGGGUGCAAUGGGGCUGCACGUAUCAAGCGUGGAGUCUGAACUCCCCUGUCUACUGCGCGUUCUUGAUGAGACGAUUCAUUCACCGAGGUGGCAAGACGUUGCGCAUGAGAUUGGUCAGUUUACAGGAGGUGCCGCAUAUCGCGCCGAAGAGUGAAGUCGUCGUCAACUGCUCCGGCGUCGGCUUCGGAGAUCCUGAAUGUUUCCCGACCAAGGGCCAGACGUGUCUUGUCAAGAACGCUUGCCACAGGACGAUUACCCAGCAGAACAAGGACGGAAGCUGGACGUUCAUAAUCCCGAGGCCAUUGGAGGGUGGAACUGUGAUUGGGGGCACGAAGAAUCCGGGGGAUUGGUCCUCAGGCGCGAACGAGGAUGUGCGGAGGACGCUGCUGGAGCGUGCCGCGGUGAUGUAUCCGUCCAUCGUGGUAGACGGCGGGUUUGAAGUCAUCAGAGACAUCGUGGGCCGGAGGCCAACGAGAAGAGGAGGGUUGAGGUUGUGCACGGAGAUGAUGGAGGUAAAGACUGAGGAAGGGAAGGGAAAGAGAACUUUGCAACUUGUCCAUGCUUAUGGAGCGGGUGGUUCGGGUUAUGAAUUGUCUUGGGGAGUUGCAAAGGAGGUAGCGAACUUGGUGGCCAAGGGUCAGCAGAGCCCGUUGAAAGCUUCGCUUUGAGGGCAUGAAAGAGCGACACAACAUUGUCAUGUCUCGCAAUAUCAUCCUAUUCUACGA